GCACCUACAUCAAUGUCACGUCAAUGUCACAUCAACUGAGGAAUAAUCGUCUGUACCCUCUGCCUAAAGCAGGUAUAUCCAGAUAUACCGGGUCGUCUUGUCAAACUUGGAUGCUGUUAUCUAAUACAAAGAGCUCUGAUUUACCUACGGAGUUAGAGGCAGUAACAGGCGACCCACAGAUUGAUUACCAUCAUCUUCCCCCUGCCCCGAAUUCAUUAUGGAAUGAUAAAAACGCCCCCCACUUUCGAAAGUCUUAUGAAAACUCCCUUUACCCUGAAGCUUGGUAGCCUUCACUAGUCACUCCGCGAUAUGGCAGCAAUCAGUCCCGAUAUACAAUUUGCUUCGAAGUUCGGGAAGAGCAUCAUCCUCAAUGUGAUCAAUCUUUUGACCGGGGGUAUCUUCUACGGGAUAUACAUAAUUUUGUUUUGCGCUGCUGCUGCUGUUCUGUGCCGCCGAGAAGGCAACGUAACAGCAAAAGCUGCGCUGCUGGUGGCCAUCGUCACGAUGUUCAUCAUGGCGUCCUUUGGUUUCUGGAGCGACGUGACAGUGUUCUUUGCCGGCAUCCAAGAUGUCUUUGUUGACAAUGUCGGACAGCCUUUCGAGUAUAAGCAAGGAGUAUUUUCGGAACAGUUCAGAAAUCUGGAUUCUGUCAAGCAAGUUAUACUUCCUCUCGAGGUCGUGGUAGGAGACUCGAUUGUUGUCUGGAGGGCCUGCGCUCUCAGCUAUCAUGCUGGACACCCAAAGGUUGUCUUUAUUCCCUUGCUACUUCUGAUUGGAUCGACCGCAUGCUCAUUUGCAUUCUUGGGUUGCUUUGCCCAGUAUGACUGGCCCAUCAUCAACCCGCACACGUGCGAAUCGAUUGAAAUUUCCGCGUUCAGCCUGUCAAUCGCGACGAACAUCUCGGCGACAGUUGUUAUCGGAUUUAAAUUUUGGCGUUGUCGUCAGGCAGUUGGAAGGUUUCUUAGCACAUGCUGUACCAAGCAGCAAGCUUGGGUUGAGAAAAGUCUCAUCCUCCUUCUUGAAUCCGGCAUCAUUUAUUCUGUUCUAUGUAUCGUCCAACUCGUCGAAAUACUUCUACCUUUCGCGCCAACCUUUCCUGGACAAGUGGUUCAACAAAUUUUCGUGGCUGCCAGUAUCCAGCUUAUGGGCAUCUAUCCGGCGUUGCUGAUCGUACUCGUUUACCUUCAACGUUCGAUGUGGGAUUCAUACGGAUUUAUUACGUUUGAAACAGACUCGAGGUCUGGUGGGAGCCACAGCACUCUAGAAGUUGGAAAGGCGGUGUGAACCAACUAUUGAC